CGCGUUUCUUAGCCUCCUUUAAUAGUCCUUGAGCUCAACGCGGAAGUCAGACAGAAGAAAUCCUGAUAAACUGAAGUGCACCAGAGGAAAGUUACUAAAGGAUUUUCUGUGAGACCUGAAGUGUUUGACUUGUCAGGUCAAAAACCACAACCAUGUGGCCAAAUCAAGGUCCUCCCCAUCCAGUGGGCCCACCAAACCCAGCCUUCCCUCCUGGCUACAACCCUGCAUAUCCUGUUGCACCUUCAUCAGGAUUCUUCCCCCAACCUGCACAUCCAGCGUACCCAGCUGGGCAAUACCCAGCAGGGCAAUACCCGGCUGGGCAAUACCCGGCUGGCGUGAACCCAGCCAUGGUACCAAAUGUACCUCCAGGGGGAAUGCCUUACAGACCCCCAGGAUCUAAUCUUUAUCCUAUGGCUCCAGGUGGAUAUCCAGUAGUACCUCCUGGAGGUGUUCACCCAGGUCCGUACCCGCACUCUCCAAAAGGGGGUCAUAAAGGUCAUAAAGACCAUAAAGGUCAUAAAGACCAUAAAGGCCACAAAGGUCACCACAAAGAUCAUCAUCAUCAUGGAGGGUUAAAUCCCAUGGCUGGGGCAUGCGCCGGAGGCUUGGCUGGAAUGGGAAUGGGGUUGGUCGGACAUACAGGCCACAAAAAGAUGAAGAAGAUGAAGAAGAUGAAGAAAGCGCAUAAGGGCAAACACGGCAAGUCCUCCAGCAGCAGUAGCAGCAGCAGCAGCAGCAGCAGUGACGAAUAAGGCCACCACUAUUACUAAAAGGGCAACCUGACUAUUAACAAUAAACACACUAAAGUCCUACUUAGCACUUUUAACAGGAUGUGAAAAUGCAGAGGUUUAUCUUAACUUACAUGGGCUAUUUAUACUACAAAAUGCAUGCAUAAGCUCUUGAUGUCAACAUUCCUACAGCUUUUGGCUGUAUUUUCAUUCCAUCACAUCUUGAAUCUCUUUUUUGGCUUGUGGUGUUUAUGCCAAAUGUUCCACUACAAAUACACGAGUGUAAAAACAUAUUGAAAUCAUUUGAAGAGGGACUGCAGCAAUGUUUUAUCGAGAAAAUCUAUUAUUGUGGUUUAGUAAAAAAACAAUAUGUAUAUAUGUUUUUUUUUCUUUUCUUUUCUUGAAAAAUUAGCCUAGAGAUGGAGAAUGAUAUUGAUAUUGAGUGUCUUAUAUUUGCCUAUUUGUUUUCCUAAUUGUAAUAUGUUCACUUUUACACAUAAUUGCAGAAAAAUGUUUCUCUGCAUUGCUUUGUAUCUGCACUAAUUGCAAUGAUAUAUAAAGGGUUGAAAAGAGAGAUACUGUAA